AAAUGAGGAAGCAAAUCCUACACCUGGCAGGCCCGCAACAACAAUGCAGCAAGAUACUGCGCUCCAACCCGACGUCGGAAAAACCAGAUCAGAGAUACAAAUCUGGAAUCAAUUGGUCGACUCCUUUCUUUCGACGCCCAUAUCGAGUGGUCAGACUACACCAAACCCAGGCCAAGUGCCAACUAUCAUAGCUAGAGCUCCUCGCAGGGCAACUGGUCACAAUUGUGUGAUUUGUCAGGAUCCUAUUUUUGGAGAGGAAGUUCUGGCACCAUGCAAUCACUUCUUUGAUAUCGGCUGCAUCACAAAUCUAUUCCAGUCAGCAAUGCGCGACGAACGCCUGUAUCCUCCUCGAUGUUGUCAUCAGAACAUUCCGCUCCUGCAAGUUCGGCCUCACUUGACACAGGCAUUCCUCUCCGAGUUUGAACUCAAAGCUCAAGAAUUUGGGACCCUGAAGCGUGUUUAUUGUGUUAAAUCGACGUGCAGUCGUUUUCUUGGGCCAUUACACGACGGAGAUUCCAGCAAGAUAUUCACAUGCCCGUCCCCUAAAUGCAAGACGACAACAUGUGGAAAAUGUCGCGGGAGAUACAUAAGAUCUACCCACUCCUGCACUCCAGAUGCAGAGACUCUGGAUGUACUCACGCUCAGCCGCGCUUCAGGAUGGUCCCGCUGCCCAGGGUGCGCUCAGAUGAUUGAGCUUAGUAUGGGGUGUUUCCAUAUGACUUGCCGAUGCAAGACAGAGUUCUGCUAUUUAUGCAGAGCACUAUGGAAGACUUGCAAGUGCCCCAGAUGGGACGAGUCUAGGCUGCUCGUUCCUGCAAGGUGAGAGCGUGGGAGGUAUAUGCAAUGUGUGGUUGAACCACCACCCGUUACUGGCCCUAUCGAUUCCCCUGACCCACGUAAAGCACUGGUUUGGUGUUCUGAAAAGAAGCACGAUGAGUACUAUUGAAGAUUUGAAAUAGCCAUCAGGGAGUAAAUUCUGCAAU